CAUUCCCGCUGAUCAAUCUGAUCUGUUCAAAACCAAGGAGGGUGCCUGUUGUGACGUUUGUUGCCUUCUCAGGUCGAUUCUACUUUAACUCCUAAUUAUUUUGAUAUCUUUCUUUGGGUUAUCUGUGACGCCGAGUCGCGUUGCUGUACAUUGGGAUCAUUUUUAGCAAGCCUUAAAAAUCUCCCGAUACAAACCCAAUCGCAAAAAUUUCCCCGAAACGGAACCGAUCAAAUCCGAAUUUCGAUCUCGCCCGCUCCGGACAACGACUGGGAGCACUAUCAACGGCGACUCGAUAGACACGCAAGUACGCCGGUGGCCACACAGGAGUUAUGAGGUUAUUACCCUCCCUGGUGACCACACUGUUGGCAAUCUCGGGAUACACAGAUCACGCAUCAGCCUCAUCAAUAAGACGAAACCCUUUACAGACCACGAACCGCCUAGAAGAUGUUCAUUUCUCCACAGCAUGGCAGCAGGUGCAGUGGUCGUCGCGGUUCGACGCCACGUUCAGGAUCAAGUCGGGCGAGGUGAUGAAGAAGAUACGACUCGCGCUCGAACCCAAUAACGAUGUUAUUUCGCACGAAACGUACAUUCAGACGGUCGACGCCGAUGGCCGACCGCUUUACGGCCAGCCAAUUGCCCGCGACGAAUAUCGCAUCUUUAGGGGCACCGCGUUUAUUGCGAGGGACACAGUAGCACCCGACUGGAGGGAUGCGGGAUGGGCAAGAAUUGUGGUGCACUCGGACGGUCGGACGCCCUUGUUCGAGGGCGUGUUCAGCAUUGACGGCGAUUAUCAUCACGUUCAGACAGCCGCUAACUACCUAAGGACGCGCCUUGACCAAGACCCGUCUGUGGAUGACACCAAGGAGCCGUUCAUGGUUGUGUGGAGGGAUUCGGACCUGAGUGAAGAAGCGGACCGCGAUGCCGAGUUGAGGAAGCGUGGCGACGAGAAGAAGGCAGUCGGUUGCGGUGUCGACUUUGAUCACCACCUGCGCGUCGAGGCCGCCAAUGAAACCACCAACUCGGAGUUUGUCGUCCGCGACUUGUCAGAGAUAGAGUCCUCGUCGACGUCUUUGUUCAAGCGCCAGUCGCAGAACAAUGGUAUCAACACGAUAGGAUCCACCGCCGGUUGCCCGACCACACGUAGGGUGGCCCUGAUGGGCAUUGCGACCGACUGCACAUAUGUCAAGCAGUUUGCAUCUGUGGCCGAGGCACGCGCCAACAUCAUGACGCAGGUCGCAAGCGCCUCGGCCCUUUACGAAAAGUCGUUCAACAUCUCGCUGGCCGUCCGAAAUUUGACCAUCUCAGAGUCCUGCGCCGCCGCACCUUUCUCGACGGAGAAUCGCUGGAACCAGGACUGCAACGCUAACCUCGAUGUUUCCGAUCGGUUGAGUGCCUUUUCCGCCUUCCGCGGCAACUUGCGCAACGACCGCAACGCAUUCUGGACGCUCAUGAGUUCCUGCACUUCGGGUUCUGCUGUUGGAAUUGCUUGGCUGGGAGCGCUUUGCAUGCCGGGCACUCAGACGGACAGCCGGGGAACCACAGUUGCUGGUGCCAACUAUGUCGCUCGCACAGGCAACGAAUGGCAGGUGCUGGCACACGAGAUUGGCCACACAUUCGGCGCCGAACACGACUGCAUCAGCUCGACAUGUAGCUCGACCAGCGGUACCGGGGCGCAGCAGUGCUGUCCUCUCAGCGCGAGCCAGUGCGACGCCCAGCAACGCUUCAUCAUGAACCCCUCAGCCCGCAGCGGCAUCACCGAGUUCUCGCGCUGCACCAUUGGCAGCGUCUGCAGUCAGCUUGGAGUCCGGCCCGGCAGCACCAGGUCGCUCGGCCGCUGCCUGGUGGACAACACCAACGUCGCCAGCGUUGCGCCCGUGUGCGGCAACGGCGUCGUCGAGUCGGGCGAGGACUGCGACUCGGACAAUCCCUGCUGCGACCGUAGCACCUGCAAGUUCCGCUCCGGCGCCUCGUGUGAUCCUGCCACCGACACGUGCUGCACAUCCCAGUGCAGCAUCGCCCCGUCGGGCGGGGUGUGCCGACCGUCGACGCUCCCCUGCGACCCCGAGGAGAAGUGUGACGGAAAGAGCCGCACGUGUCCGGCCGACGUCAACAAUGCGUCAGACAAUGGCCGCUGCUCGGACGCCGACAACGUCGGCAACGCCGUCGGCAACUUCUUCUCGCAGAACCGCAACGUCGCCAUCGGCGUCGGCGCGGGCAUCGGCGGCCUCAUCGUCAUCUGCCUUGCCAGCUGCUGCCUCAGCAGCAUGCGCCGCCGGUCGGCCGUCCGCAAGCAGCACAGACAGAUGGUGGCGGCGCAGGCGGCGGGCGCGCACGGCGGCUACCCGAGGCCCAACAACGGCCCCAUGCCGCCGCCGCCUAGUUAUUAUGCCGGUUCGCAACCGCAAAUGUCUGGUCCCUGGCCUCAACCUCCUCCGCGGAGCUUGAGCGCUAGAUAUGCAUGAUGUUAUGGCCAUUUCCUUGUUUUCACCUUAUUUCCUAAUAUGUCUCUUCUUGGGGGCCUGUCACAACUAUCAUUGGACCAUCAUUUUCAUAGCAUCGCAAACAUAUAUGCAUCGCAAUAUCAUUGGGUUUGGGUAUCUAGUAGAUAGACUUCUACAUAAAUGAAUGAGCACAUGAUGAAACACCUAAAUACAUUUGACCCUUUUGCGUCUGCAUAGAUGUCGCUUGUGUGCCUCUGGUGGACGUCAUCU